CACCUCUCCAGUCCCCACAUCUCGAAAGGGUUUAGAAGCUUCCAGACCCCACCGGCGAAUCGGCGAUGAGUUCCACCGGAAGCGGCGGCCGUGGGAAGGCGAAGUCGACGAAGGUGGUGUCGCGCUCGGCCAAGGCCGGCCUCCAGUUCCCCGUCGGCCGUAUCGCGCGGUACCUCAAGGCCGGCAAGUACGCGGAGCGCGUCGGCGCCGGCGCCCCCGUGUACCUCUCCGCCGUUCUCGAGUACCUCGCCGCCGAGGUGCUGGAGCUGGCGGGGAACGCGGCGCGCGACAACAAGAAGAACCGGAUCGUGCCGCGCCACAUCCAGCUGGCGGUGCGCAAUGACGAGGAGCUGAGCAAGCUGCUGGGAACCGUCACGAUCGCCAACGGCGGCGUGCUGCCCAAGAUCCACCAGGUUCUGCUGCCCAAAAAGGCUGGCGCUAAGGGGGACAUCGGCUCGGCCUCGCAGGAGUUCUGAGCAUCGGAAGAAAUCGAAGAGGGGGCCGUCCUGAGAUGAUGUUUCUUUUGGAAUCGUGGUGUGCGUUUGUUGUUUGGGAUGUAAAAGUUUUUCGCGGUUUGGUCUGUUCUUGACGAAUGAAUGGACCGAUUGAAUUGGCUGAAGGUGUCUUUUGAGGUUGAUUACUUGAUCGAUUUGGUUCGUCAUAAAAAA